GGCGGUGGGAUUCGAAGUGUGUGGAAGUGUAGAGGAACACAAGCGGCGACGGACCAGCCCUUAAUUACAGCAGCAAAAACAAGUCUCCAGCAGUCGCUCGGAGACCGUUAGCUUUGAUGUGCGUGUGAAUAAAGAAAAACACAGAGCUUCUUUUGCAUAAAUGAAACAUCUUUUGUGAAGAUUUGUUCUGAGGUGAAAGUUGGGGUCUUUGCCGUGUACACCGGCCUAAAACGUGUGCUAUUUGCGGUAUAGUGCUAAAUCUGCAUUGGUGUUAUCUGCAGAGCCACGGACAACGCGCGUCAACUUGUCACUUUCGGAGUUUGACAGUUUCGGGAUACGGGGCUUGCGUUGCCAUGGCUGCCACCCUCCUCGUCAUCCCUCUGCUGAUGGGAGUUGGAUCGCUGGGCUCACUGCCCCCUUCUGUGACAUCACAAGCCCCCCGGCAGGGUCCGCACUUCACCGGCUGCCUGUCCCGGGACCUGGAGACCUUCCGCUGCUGGUGGAGUACCGGAAGCUUCCGCAACUUGACCGAGCCGGCAGCGCUCAGAGUGUUCUACCAGAGAGAGAGCUCUCCCAGGGAGCGUGAGGAGUGCCCGCACUACAGCCCCACCGUUCCGUUCGAGUGCUUCUUCGACAGGAGCCACACGUCCAUAUGGCGACCCUACUGCCUGUGGCUGCUGUCCCGGGACAAGGAGCUGACUUACGACAGCCGCUGCUUCAGUGUGGAGGAUAUCGUGCACCCCGACCCCCCCGUGGGGCUGAACUGGACCCUGCUGAACGCCAGCCACUCAGGACUGCACUUCGACGUCAUGCUGCGCUGGGAGCCGCCACCCUCCGCUGACGUAAAGAGGGGCUGGAUGAGCCUGCUGUACGAGGUGCAGUUUCGGCAGCGCAGCGCCCCCCGCUGGCAGGUGCUGGACCCGCAGCAGAGCUCCCGGCGCUCUCUGUACGGGCUGCGCACGGACAGCGAGUACGAGGUACGAGUCCGCUGCAGGAUGUCCGCCUUCGACAACUUCGGCGAAUUCAGCAAUGUUACCCUCAUCGCCAUUCCACACGUCCCCUCUAAAGAGUCCAGGGUUCCUGUCAUGGUGGUCCUCAUUUUCGGAACAGUUGGGGUGGGGAUUCUCCUCAUGCUGAUCAUCUUCUCCCAACAGCAGAAGCUGAUGGUGAUUCUCCUGCCCCCUGUGCCUGCCCCCAAAAUCAAAGGAAUCGACCCCGAGCUGUUAAAGAAAGGCAAGCUGGACCAGCUGAGCUCCAUGCUGAGCAGCCAGCACUCCUACAGGCCGGGCGCGCCCCCGGAUGACCCCUGGGUGGAGCACAUCGAGCUGGACUUUGAGGAGCUCAGCGAGAGGCGGAGCCAGUCGGACACACAGCGCCUGCUCCACCAGGCGCGCACGCCCUGCCCGUACGACCUCGGCCUCAAGGACGACGACUCGGGCAGGGCCAGCUGCUGCGAGGCCGACCUGCCUGACCCCGACGCCCCAGGGCACCCCAGGGUCGACACAGCCCCGCCCUCCACCGCCCCCCCGCCCGUCCACGCACAGCACAGCGAGUCCAGCUGGGCCGGGAAGGACUUCUACACCCAGGUGAGAGAGGUGACAGGCGAGGGCGUGGUCAUGCUGGCCCCAGGCCCGGAGGGCAGGGCGGAGGAGGGAGGUGAGGAGUGGAGGAAGAAAGAGCAGUUCCAGCUGGUGGUGGGGGGCAUAGCCGGAGGAGAUUACACCACAGAGACGGACGCCAGGCGGAUCAGUGCGGAUCUCUCUCCUGGAGGAGCCGGAGUCACGCCGUGGGAGGGAGUGGGGCAACGUAGCCCCGCCCUGCCGGCCGACACCCAGCUUGUCUCAGACUACACUCUGGUGCAGGACGUCAAUGAGCAGCAAAACCUUCUCCUCAACCCCGCCUCCCUUCACCCCACCCCCUCCAAGCCUCACCCCCUGCCUGCCAUACCCAUCCCCGCUGGGUACCUCUCCCCUGACCUGCUGGCCAGUAUCGCCCCCUGACUCCCCCGGGGGGAGGGAAACCCUCACGUUUGGUGCAGAACGUGUCUGGAAGCUUAAAAAGCGGUGUUUACUGGACACUGGUGGGUGGUACGUUACGGCAGCACUAUAUGUCACAUUAAACUGACCUUUGCCCCAGAUGUACUGCAUGAUCACGCCCAGCCCGCUGAACUGUGAAACGAUGCUGUUAGCGUGUUAGCAUCACAGUCAUCAUGUCUGGAGCCCAGUUUACUUUCACUUAAAACAUGAAACUUCAUCACUUAGCAAUAUGAUAAUAUGAGGAUUGAUAUUAGCUUAUUUAUGAUAAAAUUAUAUUUCUGCUGCUUUCUGACAUGCAUAUCUCAUAUAGGCUUCUUUGAAAUGGGAAUCUUGAAAGAAGCGUGCAUGGUACAGUUUCUCCCAGAGCAGCGUGUUUGUGGGGUUGUAUGGUUCCUCCCACAUGUCAUGCCAUGAUUAGUGUCAGAUGAAGUCAUUCUCCCACAGAAAGGACGUAAUUCAGGGCUCUGGAGGGUGAAGAGCGGAGCCGCUUUAAUGGAUACAUUGUGUUCUUUGGACACACAUUACUGCACUGCCGUGAUGAAAGCUGCACACGUAGCAGUGUAUCCUUUUACACACAUGGGACCAGCCUAUGCGCACUCUGAUUGGCUGAAACAGGCCUGAAGCUAAUUUUAGCACCAUCGCCAUUGGCCGUCUAAGACAUAUUUUAGACUAAGUGUUACUAUGUGAGCUGUCCUAAAACUAGAGUUUUUUAGUCCAUGUCAACAAGACUCAGAAUAACUGUAAAUCUGUCUUCAUUCCACUAGUUAUGAGGGCAUGAAUUUGCGAAGCAUUUUUUCAGAAAUUACCCAGAUAAUGGCUCCUGACAACUCCCUGGUCUGCGGAGGGCCGUUUUCACUGUAUAUGAACAUAUGAGUAAAUCUGUGAGUUCUGAGGGGGAAAUGCAUACUGCCACAUCUGAGCUGAGUUACAAAGGCAGUGCAGAGCCCUGCGCUGUAGCUAUAUCCAAAACUACCUAACCCUCGUGCUGUGGGGUUACUACAGGGCAAGCACCUCUACCAUGAUUUUGAAAUCAGAUGGAGUGGACAUAGGACAGCCAUGUAGCAGCUGGUCCUGGAACCAGAUGAUUAGAGGUUUCCCAUGUGACCACAGCUUUUACUCUGGAGCAAGGAAAUCAGCCUGAAUCACUGCAGAAAAUACCAGUUUACAUGGAUUAUGUGUCAGAUCUAAGCUACAUGCAUAACCCUAACGGAGCAGAUCUGCCAAGCACAUAAAGCAUGAGUAAUAAUUCUAUUCAACAAUGAAAGAAAAAUUUACUUGAAAGUCAUAGAAAAAAUAAAAAUACUAUUUUUAGUUAUCCCUUAUGGUUCACCUGUUUGACCUGUUUCAUGUUUUUAUCAACAGAUAGACAGAUGAGCCUUAAGCUCUAAACCCAGGUCUUUACACGCUAAAACCCCAGGAAACUCAAGUCUCAUGAGAUACGUGAUAAAGCUAAGUCUCUACACACCAGACUAUAAAUAAAAUGUCUCCCUGUUUCAGCUCCGCCAGCUGUGUUGUGAUAUGUCAAUGCUCCGGGUUCUGCGAACUGAUAGCUCUUCUAAGAAAGAACUGGCCUUAUUUCAAAAAUGUAAACGGGAGAAAAAACAAGCACGGUUCUGCUGGUGUCAGAUUUGAAGACUCAGCAUGUUGAUAUUUUAACUGAAAUGUCCUACAAUAUACUGUGUUUCUAGUAUAUACUCUGUUUCUUUCAUUGCUGUGUAUUCCUUAAUGUACCACCUGAACCAACCCCCUGCCUACAGUCUGUUUCCAAUUAUGCCUGGCUUUGUGUUUCAUAUAUAAAACAGUUCUCAGGAGUACUUAAAAUGACAUUUUUGAUUUUUAAAUAGGUAAUUCUGAACUGUACAAUGGUGUGUGAUGUUUACUCUCAGCAAUAAUGUGCUGUGUGGCCAAAUUUUUGACAUGAGGCUUUUACAUAGUUUGUGUUGAAAAAUACGGUACUAGAAAUUUACACCUACAGUUUAAUUUACCAUUGAUGGUGUAUUUCAUGACUGUUUCCAUUCAGACAGUAUUAAUGGUUUUGUUGAUUGUUUUGUUUCUUCAGACUUUUGAAUUUCCUCAUGGUUACUGAGGGGUUGUGUCCCUAAAUGAUGGAGUCAUUUUACUAAGCUAAUGCAUUUUGGAAAUGGCAUCCGCUGGGACAUUUUGUGAGUGUAAAUACUCCCCGCAGUAGAGUGGGAAAUGUUGCCUGGAGAGCGGCUGUAUCUGGCCUGCUUCACAGCCUGCACGGAAGCAUGGAGCCGCUGCUAAGCGCUGCAAAGCAGCUCUCUCCCACAGCAAAGCUGGGGAGGGUCUCCUGCUGUCCAGCCUGUUCAUUCUACCUCCUCUUUCUUACCUUUCUUAUUAAUAAACUAGUAAUCAUUGUAUUUAAGAAUGUACUUUCUGGUUGCAAGCAUGCCAUGAAACAUAUUAUUGUAUAUAUUAUAUAUUUUAGAACUGAUGCAUAUGUAUGAAACAUGCUUUACAAAAUGUUAUGAAAUGCAAGGCUUAAAUUGGUACAGAUGUGUCUGUAGAGUUCAGCUCUUUGUGGUGUGCAUAAUGACCGUAUCUCUUUCUGUUUCACCAUUUGUGACAUAGAAAAUCAAUGCCUGUCUGCUAUCUCAAUAGAUUUUUACUCAAAUCUCUAAAUUUAAAUCUCAUGAAAUAAAAUUGAAUGCAUUUGUUGUCCUUAGAUACAAAUGUUAAAACACAGUCAUUGUUGUAUAUUUUUUCAAAAUGUUGUGUAACUGUCCAAAAAUGUUUUCUUGGCCUGAAAACACGGAUGAAUGUUAACAUUGUCAUGAAAGUCAGAGAGUUCCACAGAAGAUCUGGUACAGGUCAUGAUUUCAUAAAAUGUUAUAUUUUGCUGCUACAUUUUUUGGACUUCAGUAUUCACCAUCUGUUAAAACGUUGAAGCAGAUUGUAGAUGCGUUUUUAAUCUGUAUCAUUGUGAGGGUUAUCAAGGACUUUGUGGUCACCAGGCAUGUAGCGGUUGGCCAGAUGAUGACAGGGCUGGGAAUAUGCAUUAGCCUCAGCCCCACCCUGAGUUCUGGUCCUAAUUAAAAAAAAAAUCUCCCUGGGGCCCCCAGCUGUACUCCGGUGGAGCGCUACACCAGUGAAUUUUCAUUGUCUGAAUAUCAGCGGUUGGGUUUAAGCAUGUAUUUUUUCCUUUAGUCCUGUUUUAUCAGUGUUUAAAUGUAACAUGGACUGUUUUUCAACGGGUACACAAUAAAU